AUGAUGGAGGUACGGGAAGGCAAACCGGAGGUGUUGUGCCGCGUGUGUGGCGACAAAGCUUCCGGGAAGCACUACGGAGUGCCCUCGUGCGACGGCUGCAGAGGCUUCUUUAAGAGAAGCAUUCGGAGAAACUUGGACUAUGUAUGCAAAGAGGGGGGCCGGUGCGUUGUGGACGUGAGCCGGAGGAAUCAAUGCCAAGCGUGUCGCUUUUCUAAAUGCCUUCGAGUCAACAUGAAGAAGGAAGCGGUACAACACGAGCGAGCACGUCGCCCCGCACUCACCGGUCAACACCAAUUCUCGCUGCAGAAAAUUGGCUACAACUUCGCAAGACAUCCGAACUUAUUCCACUCCGCUCCCCUUACUGUAUCAACAUUUCCAUCCCUACAUCCUUAUAACCCGAUUGCCUCGACUGACGCCCGCAAUCCGAAUUGCUUCUUAGAAAACUCCUUCCAUGAAUUCUCAAGAUUUCCCGACUCUUUACCUCCGGACAUCCAGUUGAGUCCACUUCUAAGCACUCAAGUUGGCUCACUAAACUCGCUCAAUCCAUUCAAAAUCCCGCUGUUUCCCACUUCCCUGCACUACCCAACGCACGGCGGCUAUUUCCCGACAAAUAUUUUCUAUCCUCCCGUCGCGUCGGGUAAUUCAACGACACAUUUAGAGACGCGAAGCAAUAGACCCAUUAUUGAUAGAGUUGCUUCGCCCAAGUUUCAUCAGACACUUCAAGAUGAAACGGCUAAGCCGGACUCACAGCUUCCUGAUAAAAUAAAAGAAGACGAGGUAUCCAGCUCUGAGGAGGCUUGCAAAACUGACAGUCCAGCAAUAGAAGUCAAAAUCGAUCCAAGGAAUGAAAUGCACUCUCCGAACAACUACGAACCACCUGCGUAUUAUGUAACGAAGAAAAUGGACAAGCUAGUAUAUAAUUUGGAUUCAGCAAAGAGUAGGACAUUCGGACACACGUCGGAAAGGGAAAAGACAAUGCAGCAGGCAGAGAGCACAAAAUGUUCCGAGGACAAGCUGCAACCUGAACACAAAAACAACGGAUCUUCGCUUAGUCAAAGUAUACACGACCCAUCGACUAAACUGCUGGUAGCGACAGUGAAAUGGCUGCACAGUGUCGUAACGUUUCAACAGAUGAAAGCUCAUGAUCAGAACCUGUUGCUGUAUAGCAACUGGAGGGAGCUAUUUGUUCUAACAGCCGCACAGUACUCUUUCUACUUUGAUGAAGAGCACAUGGCCACAGACAUUUUGCAAAAACAACCCACGAUCAAGGAGGAGUUAAAGAAAUUGAUAUCGUUGUUAAACAAAAUAGCAAAGUGUCGGUUGGACAGAACGGAGUUCGAAUGUCUGAAGUCAGCGCUAUUGUUUCGAACAGACUCAUUGGAUGUCCCUGCUUCAAGUCGAAUAGAGAUUCUGCAAGACCAAACUUUGCUUACUCUCCAAAAGUACUGUUCUACCAAAGACGCAAAUCGGCUUGGGCGGCUGAUGUUAUUAUUGCCCAGUGUGUGCUGUAUUGCUUGUCAAGGAUUAUUAGAACAUAUGUUAUUCCCCUCUGCCUCGGAAGAUGAAAUCCACGCGACGCUGUCAAGAAUUCUUAUCUAUACAUCUAUUUAA